UUUUUUCCUGCCCAUUUCCAUUAAAACUUUUCCACAUUCCUUUAUCUAAAAAUCCAUUUGCCAUGAACCUUCAAUUGGAAAAUAUUUUUUAUUCAAACCAAGGCCAACAAUUUACUAUCGUUCCAAUCACAACCGAUCAACAUCGUGCAGAAGUGCUCUCAUUUAUGCAAACACAGUUUAGAGUACAGGAGCCGAUCACUAAUGCAUUAAGUUUAAUACAUAGCAAAAUAAUAUUUGGAAGAUAAAAAUCAGAAAUUAAAGAUAAAAAUCAGAAUGGAAGAUAAAAAUCAGACAUUAUAAAAAAACUAAAAAUUGAAAAAAACAUUUAAAACCCAAACACUAAAUUCCUUAGAAUGUUCGGCACAGGAUACUCUACUUUUCUACAAAGAUAUUUGUUCGGCUUGUUUUAAGUAUGAUCUUUCUUUAAUCGCACAUGAUUGUCAUGGCCAAAUAGCCGGCAUAGCCUUAAGCAGUCUUUGGCAAAGAAAUGAAAUUCAGACUUUUAAAUCAUCAAAAAAUAAAGAGUUUG